AUGGUGGACAACACUACCAUCAGCAACGACAACAUCAACACUACCAACAACAUCAGCAACAACAUCAGCAACAACAACAACAACACUACCAACAACAUCAGCAACAACAUCAGCAACAACAUCAGCAACAACAUCAGCAACAACAUCAGCAACAACAUCAGCAACAACAACAACAACACUAACAACAACAUCAACAACAGCAACAACAACACUACCAACAGCAACACCAACGACAACAACAACAAUAACAACAGCGAACUAUCACCAAUAAACGCCAAUGACUACAUGAUAUCACCACUCAUAACUUUUUCAUUCAAGCAAUACAGCGCCACCAUAGACCCUACCACCAUUCUCGUCGCCACCAUCGCUUCCACCGCUACCACACCUACCACCAACGACAGCGUUGUUUCCCACCCAGAAACCACCAACCUCCCUAUGGCUCACGAUACUAUGGACAGCCCAGACUCUAGGGAUAACUCUGGACCUCUAACUCACACUCCGAAAUAUGAUGAUGACGAUGAUGAUGACCUCAACAAUGAUGAUAUUGAUGAUGGCGACAUCAACAACAUCAACAACAACAUCAACAACGUCAAAAACAUCAACAACAUUAACAACAUCAACAACAACAACAGCAACAACAUCAACAACAGCAACAACAUCAACAACAACAACAGCAACAACAACAGCAACAACAACGAACUACCAACCACAAACAAACAUGAUGAAACUGACUUAGUCUCUGUCACUGAAUCUUUUCAUCCUGUACAAGAAGAAAUUGAACAUACAACUGAUAAAACUACAAAAUCACCGUCUGAAUCAACAACAUCAUCGUCUCUCUUCUCAUCUCAGACGCUAGCUGGCACGAAAAACGAAAGAACCACACAAGAAACUAGUGAAAAUAUUUCGAAAGAACGAAAUAACCCUAACCCUGACCUGACAACACCACGACAAACUACAUCCGCGCCGGAAGAAGAAAUAAUUUUUGAGAACCGCAAUGUAUUCCUAGCUAACGGGAGUCUCAACGAAACCAGCACAUCAAUGUUAUUCCUAUCGGAUAAUAACAUCACGUACAGACUGAUAAACAUCACUAAAUUCUCUAAAAACGAAGUUAUAUUGAUUGAAUCAAGCCCAUCAACAACAGCUGAAGAGACAUUUUUUGAGAACGACUUUGUGUUUGUGAGCAACGCAGGUCUGACGGAGACAAGGGUCUUCAUAACUGAUGAUAACAUCACCUACACGCUGAUAAACACAACUGCACCGUCCUCAAAUGAAGAUGGCGAUGUACGGUCUGGAUCAGCAGAAAAUGAAACUUUUGAUUUGACGAUACGUAGAGCAGGCGGUGAAGAAACCUACAAGACAAACACCCAUGUUAGUCCGUCAGCUCCAUCUACUUCUAGAGAGCCAGUUGAAGAAAUUUCGUCGUCGAGGUCUCAACCCUCGACAAGUUUCGAAACAGAUCUGGUGAAGAUGCGUGAGGAGGAUGACUACAUCGGCAGUCACUCAAAAGUUAUAACUGAAGCCAGCGACGAAAAAAACUCCUUCACCAUUGAAAACUCCACCCAAAAACCAGGCGACACAUUAGAGCAGCCGGUGAAUACACCCAACCAAUCCAACAAAUUUCUUUACUUGACGGCCACUGUCGUCGCGAUCGUCGCUCUUCUUGUGGUUGUGGUGGUAGCCAUUCGAUUCUGCGAAAGGAGGUCGGGCGUCAUUACAUCUGAGAGGCCAGAAAUUUCAUUCAAAGAUGCCGAAGCGAACAUGCUGAGCAAGGCCAAGGAGAAGCAGGUUCCUGGAGAGGAAGUUUAUUUGCUGAAUGUUAAGUCGUUGAAAUGA